AUGAGUAGUGAACAUUCCGAAAAGCCUGGGUUUCUGAGGACUAUUGUACUAUGCACGCUUUUGAUCUUGAUAGCCGAUAUUGGUGGCAGUAUGCUCGUUGCGCCAGAUGUUCGGGUAUUAGAGUUGAGUCUUUGCCGGCAAUACUACAAGCGUCAUGAUCCUACAGUCAUCGGUCCACCUCCGUUUGCUCUUGUUGAAGAGCGGCUUUGCAAGAUCGCCGACAUACAAGGCCCUCUAGCCGAAUUGCGAGGCCUGAGAGCAUCCCUCUCCGUCAUUCC